AUGGCUUUGCCCUCAAGUUCAGGUUGGGCAUCACUCUCUAAAACUCUUCUCGGUUCGAUCUUAGAUUACUUAGAGCCCAUGGAGGACUACUUCACAUUCGGUGAGGUUUGCAUUCAAUGGCAGUAUGCAGUUCGUGAAAAACUUCGACAUUUAUGCUCUAACCAUAAACGCCAUUGUCGUCUGCACCAACAAGUCCCAUUGUUAAUGGCUCCCACCGCAGAUAAUCCCAAAGAAAGGUGCUGUUUAUAUGACGUCAUGAACGGAAAAAGCCUUUGGGAGGUUCAGUUGAGGCAGGGGCGAUGGAGGUAUGAAGGGUCUUCUCAUGGUUGGUUGAUUCUGGUAAAUAAUGAUUCUUAUAAGGUAACCCUCCACAACCCAUUCUCUGGAAAACUCAUUCAUCUUCCUCCCCUCGAAAAAUCAUCAUCCCUUGAACUUUCAGGCAGUGAGUACAGAACUAUCUUCCCUUAUAACCUGAGGAGGGGUGUAUUGUCUAUUGAUCCUGAUGUGAAUGGGGAUGAGUUUGUACUCAUGAUGACGUGUGGUAGUUUGGUAGUAAGAUUAGCAUUCAUUAAAUCAGGAGAAAAAGACUGGACUUAUAUUGAAGGGUUGCGGGAUGUGAAAGACAUUGUUUACAGCAAUGGGUUAUUCUAUGUAUUAGACGGACGGGGUGUGCUCUUCUCUUGUGAUGUGAGUAGUGAUUUGAAAGUGAGAAGGAUUACUUCACCCGAUAUUGAUUGUGCUCUUGUCUCAUAUUUGGUGGAAUCUCCUGAAGGAGAUCUCUUGCGGGUUAUAAAGCAUGAAAGGGGAUUUGUGAUUUAUAAGUUACAAUGGUUUUCAAAGAAUCCAGUGGAAUCUCCUGAAGGAGAUCUCUUGCAGGUUACAAAGCAUGAAGGGGGAUAUGUGAUUUAUAAGUUACAAUGGUUUUCAAAGAAUCCAAGAUGGGAAGAGGUUAUGAGUUUGGGCGAUGUUGCCUUGUUUUUGGGAGACAAUCAUUCAAUUUCUGUCAUAACUUCUGAUUUUGCGGGAUGCCGGCCAAAUUCUAUAUACUUCUGCCAACGUUAUAGUUUUUUUUCAAAUGCUGAUGGAAGUAUGUAUGUUUUCAGUCUAAGUGAUAGGACUGUUACACUGCUUUACCCACAUUCCCCACAACCUCUACUUUGGAUUUCUCCGAAAUUUGCGUGA